GCCUCUUCUGAAGUGCGCAAGCGCGCUUGUGUCUGGCGGUAUUGCUUGUUGCCGGUUACUGAGAAGUGGCAGCUACCAAAAGGCGGAUCCUCACUGCUGGGGUGUUGUGGCCAGGCGGGUUUGGCCUGUCUCCGGCGCUAGUGUUGGGCUCGGGAGGUAGUGGAAAGGGAGGGCGGGGUGAAGUCUCUGUGGAGCCCGCAGGCUUCACAAUGAAGAGGAAUUGGGGGUUCGGGAGGGAGAAGGGCAUGUCGCCCUUGGGCUCCGCUUCUGGCUUGCAGAGGCAGGGCAGGGGCGUUGGGCAGAAGAACAAUGGAAUUGACAACUUGCUGCUGGGUUACCAUGUCCAAGACAGAGAUCUCAGAAAGAUCCACAAGGCUGCCUGUGUGGGCAACGCAGCGCAAGUGCAGCAGAUUCUGUUCUUCGCGGAAAAUGGCGUGGAUGAUAGAGACAAAAUGAACAGGACUGCUCUCCAUUUGGCCUGUGCCAAUGGCCAUCCAGAAGUGGUGAGCCUCCUAGUAGAGAGGAAAUGUCAUCUUAACCUCUGUGAUCAUGAAAACAGGACAGCUCUCAUGAAGGCCGUACAGUGCCAGGAAGAGAAAUGUGUAAACAUACUAUUGGAAAAUGGUGCCGAUCCAAAUAUUAGGGAUGUGAGUGGCAACACUGCUCUCCACUAUGCGGCCUUUGGUGAUAAUAUAUCCAUAAUAGAGAAGCUGCUGCUAUACAAUGCGAAUACUGAAGCAAGAAAUAAGGAUAACAUCACACCACUUCUAGUUGCCGUAAAUGAAAACAAACAGCAAAUAGUGGAAGUUCUGGUAGAAAAGGCAGCAAAUAUACAUGCAGAGGAUAAAUUAAAAAGUUACGAAAUAAUUUGUCGACAUAAAGAAGAAAUCAUGCUUAAAAAUUCUUUGCAAAACAGCAAUCCUGGUAAGACUUUACAUAGUGAAUUGCUCUUGGUCGUCCUAACAUAAGUAAAGUCAGAGUAAGGGUGUUUUGAUAAUGAAAGAACAAUGAAGAAAAGAACACCAAUGUGUAAAUUGCAUGUAUAUUUUUUCUUUCUUAAUUUCUUUCUUUAUAGUCUAAUGUUCAGAAUUAUUUAAGAAGUUAACUGUAGGUAAUUGAAAAUAAGAGGCAGUAUUAUCUGAAAAGAAAUUCAUUAUUUUAGUCAUGACCCCUAAAAUACCAUGUGACAUCUUUGUGUAAUAAAUACGAAAAUGCUUUGUUAACUGUUUAUUUAA